AUGGGACGAGACUCUGGCUUUGUUGCCAUGCAUGCAGCAACUGCAGCAGAUGUGGUGGACCUGUGCAUGAUUCCGGAGGUCAAGGUAGAGAUGAAGGAUGUCCUGGCACAUGUGGAUCGCACCUUGGCGCAAAAGGGCUACAUGGUCAUUGCCGUGGCCGAGGGAGCUGGCCAGGAGCACGUCUCCACGGGCGAAAAGGACGCCACUGGCCACACUGUUUACGGUGACAUUGGUGUCUUUCUGCGGGACACCUUGAACAAACAUUUGAAACCAUCAGGUGGGCGCACCUUCUACAUCGACCCAUCCUACAUCAUUCGUUCAGUGCCAAUCAACCCCAAUGACCAUAUCUACUGUGUACGCUUGGCCAAUGACGCUGUGCACACGGCGAUGCGGGGCUACACGGGUGUUUGCGUGGGAGCGAUGCACAACGUGAUUAGCAUGUUGCCUUGCAGGCUGGAAGGCAACAUGUUAGCGGAGGAUGGGAGAAUCGGAGAAACAAUCGAAGAAGGCUUAGUGACAAACCUUAGUGACAAUUGGAAUGGGCCUUUGAAUGCACAUUUUGUAACUUAG